AGUCUGAGUGUGACUGGUGAGGAGUUUGAGGUGACGCACGGCUGGUGUAGGUGCAGCUCGCCCACUCCUACCUGUAAUCUCCAUCUCCAUACCCGUGCCCUCCUAUUUUUUUCCAAAAAAACAUGACCCUUGAGGAAUUCAACUGUGUCGAGGAGCAGCAAGUGGAAAGCACCGAAAGGAUGCAAGCUGCUGGCAAAGCCCUGGAGGAGUUGCUGAGCUCGGCGCAACGGCAGCAUUGCUUGACGGUUGGAGUCUACGAGUCUGCAAAAGUCAUGAAUGUUGAUCCGGACAGUGUGGUGCUAUGCCUACUUGCCAGCGACGAACAGGAUGAAGGUGACAUCGCUCUCCAAAUCCACUUCACUUUAAUUCAGGCAUUUUGCUGCGAUAAUGACAUUAACAUAGUGAGAGUGAAUGACAUGCAGAGGCUGGUCGAGAUCGUUGGUAACGCUGCUGACAACGAGGAGCCCAGAGACAUGCAUUGCAUUCUAGUCACUAAUCCAAGCCAAGACUCCUGGAAAGAUCCAGCUUUAGAAAAACUUGGUGUCUUCUGUGAAGAGAGCCGCUGUACCAAUCAAUGGGUCCCCAACAUCUCCUUUCCUGAGCGUUGAAGUUGUUGCAUAGACUUUGGUGGUUGCUAGAAAUGUAUUUUGAAGUCGCUGUCAAAGGAAAAAUGGUGGCUUCCUGGGUCUACAGAUUAGACUGGUGAAUUGGUCAGUCUCAUGGACAUGAUGACCAGUACCCUGUGGUGGAGAAUCAGAGGCAGUGAUGACCAGGACUGGUGAUGGCAAAUGGUUGGAAAAAUGGACUGUGGUGCACAACAGCUUGGACCUGGUGUAGUGAAGAGGAAGUGGAAGUAUAUUGUGUAACUGCACAUGCCACUGAGCCCUGUUAUGCAAUUUGGAGGAUGAAGGCUUGCAUCGGGCUAGACUGUAGGACUGUUUGGUUCUGAGAACACUUGUGAAAUGGUCUAACUUUGACUGCCACAAUGGACUUCAAAGAUCUUAGUUGCAGUUGAGCUUGACACAAUCUUUAACAUGUAUACUUAUUUCAUGUAAACAGAUUAAAUGCUUAAAGUACA